UCUUUUUUCCUUCUUUUCUUCAUGCUGGAGGCAGGGUUUUCGGUCACGCAUUACUCCAUUCCCGAAGAGAUGGAAGAAGGUUCCGUUGUAGCCAAUCUAGCUGCAGAUCUGGGACUAGAUGUGAACACUUUAGCUAAACGCAAAAUGCGACUGGAUGUUAUCGCCAGCAAGAAGUACGUGGAGGUGAACAAAGACACGGGAGAGCUGUACGUUCUGGAGCGAAUAGACAGAGAAUAUCUAUGCCCUGUUAGAAUUUCUUGUUUCGUUAAAAUAGAUGUAAUAAUCGACGACCCGAUUCGAAUAUUUAACAUUGAACUUGAAAUCGUUGACAUCAAUGACAAUGCGCCACAUUUUCGAAGAGACAUGAUUCAUUUGGAUAUUUCUGAAUCUGCCACACCCGGAGAAAGAUUUUCUCUUAACAAUGCCGUGGACCCCGAUGUCGGUACGAACUCUAUUAAAACAUAUCAUCUUAGUGAAAGUGAUAGUUUCAACAUUGAGAUUCAGGCAGGAAGAGACGGAUCCAAGUUCGUGGAUUUGAUUCUGAAAAAGGCUUUGGACCGGGAGGAACAGGCUGUACACAAUCUAAUACUCACCGCUGUAGACGGCGGAGUCCCGGCGCGGUCCGGCACCGCAAGCAUCAUUGUGCGCGUGCUGGAUAUAAAUGACAACGCGCCUCAGUUUGAUCAAGAAGUUUAUACUGUGAAUAUAACCGAAAAUUCACCCAUAGGAGGCCUUGUUAUUAAACUAAACGCGACUGAUUUAGACGAAGGGUCUAAUUCCGAGAUUACCUACUCAUUCAGUCUGUACACAUCGGAAAAAACACAGGAAAUAUUUGCUUUAAAUUCAGAAAACGGGGAAAUUAGAAUCAAAGGGCUAAUAAAUUUUGAAGAAUUUCAAACAUUUGAAAUGGACAUUAUAGCUAAGGACAAGGGGUCGUUGGCCGGACAGUGUAAAUUAACGGUUUUCAUAACCGAUAUGAAUGAUAACCACCCUGAAAUCUCCAUUAAGUCUUUGCAGAGUACUAUUAGAGAAAAUGUGGCUGUGGGGACGGUAAUAGCUCUAAUUAGUGUGAGUGACAAAGAUUCUGGAGAUAACGGAAAAGUGGACAUACGGCUUUCAGAACAGUUACCGUUCGCGCUGAACAAGUCUUCUGAGGGGUAUUUCUCACUUGUUGUUUCAGAACCUUUAGAUCGUGAAAAAGUUUCUGAGUAUGACAUCACUAUCACAGUCACAGACAGAGGCACGCCCCCUUUGUAUGAUAACGAAACGCUCACGUUGCAGCUACUGGAUGUGAACGACAACGCGCCUCAGUUCCCCAAAUCAUUCUACACCAUUCCUGUAAUGGAGAACAACGCGCCGGGAUCACUGCUGAGUUCUGUUACCGCCUUUGAUCCAGACCUGCACGAGAACCAGUACCUGGUUUAUUUCAUUGUAGAAAAGGAGAUAUAUAACACGUCGAUUUCAAUGCUGUUUUCCAUUAAUCCAGAGGACGGUAAUCUUUACGCGCUGAGGACUUUUGACUACGAGAGAGAGAAGGAGUUCCUUUUCCACAUUGAGGCCAGAGACUCGGGAUUUCCUCCCCUCAGCAGUAACGUCACCGUCCACAUCAUUAUCCUGGAUCAGAACGACAACACGCCGGUCAUAGUCUCUCCCUGGCGCGCGCAAGGCUCUGUAGUGGAGGAAGCGAUCCCGAGAUCCACUGAUAAAGGAUACCUGAUCGCCAAAGUGAUCGCCAUUGACGCAGAUUCUGUUCAGAACUCUCGGAUCACGUACCAGUUUCUACAGAUUACUGACGCCACUUUGUUUAGUCUGGACCAAUACAACGGGGAAAUCCGGACAAUGAGAAUGUUCAGUUACCGAGAUCCGCGUCAUCAGAGGCUGGUUAUUGUCGCGAAGGACAACGGAGAUCCGUCUCUUUCCUCUACAGUGACUAUUAAGUUAUCAACAGUGGAACAUGUCAUCAAAGCAUUUUCGGACACCACAGAAUUUCCUUUGGAAUAUGAUAUAUUUUCAGACUUAAACCUGUAUCUGGUGAUCGGUUUGGGCUCGGUGUCGUUUCUGUUAUUGAUCACUAUCCUGGUGAUCAUCGUGCUGAAGUGUCAGAAACCGAAGCCUGCCAAACCGACCCCUCCCUGCAGGAACAGCGUGAUUAGCCAGAGGAACUCCACCAUAGCGGACUCCACCCUGGUCUCCAGCGAUGCCUACUGGUACAGCUUGUUUUUAGCGGAGACGCGGAAAGGAAAGGUGGUGGUUAGGCAGCCGAUACCGAAGGGGGCCGGAUACAUGGUUUCCAGUUUACCCAGAGGCACGGGCCUGACGGAGACCAGCGGAUCCAGAGCUUCCACUCUGCAGCUACUGGAUGUGAACGACAACGCGCCUCAGUUCCCAAAGUCAUUCUACACCAUCCCAGUGAUGGAGAACAACGCGCCGGGAUCACUGCUGAGUUCUGUUACCGCAUUUGAUCCAGAUCUGCACGAGAACCAGUACCUGGUUUAUUUCAUUGUAGAAAAGGAGAUAUACAACACGUCGAUUUCAAUGCUGUUUUCCAUUAAUCCAGAGGACGGUAAUCUUUACGCGCUGAGGACUUUUGACUACGAGAGAGAGAAGGAGUUCCUUUUCCACAUUGAGGCCAGAGACUCGGGAUUUCCUCCCCUCAGCAGUAAUGUCACCGUCCACAUCAUUAUCCUGGAUCAGAACGACAACACGCCGGUCAUAGUCUCUCCCUGGCGCGCGCAAGGCUCUGUAGUGGAGGAAGCGAUCCCGAGAUCCACUGAUAAAGGAUACCUGAUCGCCAAAGUGAUCGCCAUUGACGCAGAUUCUGUUCAGAACUCUCGGAUCACGUACCAGUUUCUACAGAUUACUGACGCCACUUUGUUUAGUCUGGACCAAUACAACGGGGAAAUCCGGACAAUGAGAAUGUUCAGUUACCGAGAUCCGCGUCAUCAGAGGCUGGUUAUUGUCGCGAAGGACAACGGAGAUCCGUCUCUUUCCUCUACAGUGACUAUUAAGUUAUCAACAGUGGAACAUGUCAUCAAAGCGUUUUCGGACACCACAGAAUUUCCUUUGGAAUAUGAUAUAUUUUCAGACUUAAACCUGUAUCUGGUGAUCGGUUUGGGCUCGGUGUCGUUUCUGUUAUUGAUCACUAUCCUGGUGAUCAUCGUGCUGAAGUGUCAGAAACCGAAGCCUGCCAAACCGACCCCUCCCUGCAGGAACAGCGUGAUUAGCCAGAGGAACUCCACCAUAGCGGACUCCACCCUGGUCUCCAGCGAUGCCUACUGGUACAGCUUGUUUUUAGCGGAGACGCGGAAAGGAAAGGUGGUGGUUAGGCAGCCGAUACCGAAGGGGGCCGGAUACAUGGUUUCCAGUUUACCCAGAGGCACGGGCCUGACGGAGACCAGCGGAUCCAGAGCUUCCACUCUGCAGUACUCAAAAUGAGGGUCCCUUCGGCCAGCUGGAGGGGUGCAGCAGUGGUGUGCCAUGGGAUUAUCUGCUUCUCUCUGGAGUUCCAUCAGAAGGAGUUCUGCCCCUCCCCCCCAUCCGACACUGCUGACACUGGGACUCCUCCUCCAAGCACCUGCAGGCUAACCCCCCCCCCCCCCCCCCAAGUCAUCUGCUGCAUCUUCCUUCAGGCAUGAUGACUCUGCAUGUCUGCAGACAACUUUAUCUGCAACCUUUCUGAGAAAGAAGAACAGGAACAAUGAAAAGGGCUGGAGGCUUUUUUGAGACAGCAUGGAGAAAAUGGCUCUUUUAACGACUGCUUUUCUCCACGCCCUCCGGACACAGAGGCACACAGCCACGCCCACAGGAGAACAGCCACACCCACAAUGACACACAGCCAUGCCCACAGGAGAACAGCCACGCCCACAGACACAUUGUAAACACAGGGGCCACACUGAGGCUGAUUCUAACCCAGGGGCCACACUGAGGCUCAUUGUAAAUGCAGGGGCUAUACUCCAGCCCCAGGCCCAUCCAGGCUGGACUGUUUGCACUGUGAAAUAUGGCUUUACUGACUCUAAUUAGAGGGAUAUGAUCAGCCUGAAAACAGUAUAGUGGCACUAUCCAAUUUCCUUCAUUUCAAACAAUUAAGACUGUUUUAAAAGGUUAUUUAAAUGUCCCAGUAUUUGAUGUUUUUUUAAUGUUUGACGUGAUGGUGUACUGAUUGGCUUUGUGCAAUAACACUGGCCAGGUUUUAAUGUUUACGCAAUUAAUUUUAUAAGAUGUUUAAAUGAAAAAGAGAUGUUUUGAGUCUGUACUUCUUGCUGCUUUGUGUGUACCAGAUCAAGUGCUUUGUGUAAA